CUUCUGGCAGUAGCCAUGGAAGCUAUUUUAAUGGUUCUGCUGCUUCUGUUAUUCUUAGCUUCAACGUCAAAUAUUUCCUUGGGGAAGGACUUAAUUACUAAAACCCAGUUCCUUAAAGAUGGGGACACCAUCGUUUCAGAGGGUGGAACCUUUGUAAUGGGAUUUUUUAGCCCCACCAAUUCCUUAAACCGUUACAUAGGAAUCUGGUACAAACAAAUUCCUGUUCAGACAGUGGUUUGGGUUGCAAACAGAGAUGCUCCAAUGGCAAACACAUCUUCAGCAGUCUUGAAGAUCACCCCGGGAGGCCAAUUCGCACUUGUUGGAGACAACAGUCAGGCUGUUUGGUCUGCAAACUCAUCAAGAUCAGUGCAGAAUCCAGUUGCAGAGUUGCUGGAUUCUGGGAACCUUGUGGUUAGAGAUGCAGAUGAUGAAAACCCGGAGAAUUUUCUCUGGCAAAGUUUUGAUUACCCAACUGACAAUUUUUUACCCGGAAUGAAGAUAGGAUGGAAUUUCCAGACUGGUCAUGAGGUUUUCAUCAAAGCUUGGAAGAGUGAAGACGAUCCAGCUUCCGGGCAAUACACACUUCACCUGGAUCCUUCUGGGUACCCACAAGUUAUCAUCAAGAAUGGAACAACUGAGACUUAUGGCUCGGGGCCAUGGAACGGUCUGCACUUUAGUGGAAUGAGAUCAGAAGGAAACAACACUGAAAGACCAUAUGGCCUGGUCAUAAAUAAGAAAGAGGUUUAUCUCAGAUAUGGUGUCACAUAUGGCUCAAGUUUACUGAGAUUAGUCCUUGCCAGCAAUGGUGUUCUGCAAUCAAUUGUGUGGGAUCUAAAGGAAUGGGUGAGUUUUCCAAGGGAGCCAUCAGAUCUUUGUGAUAGCUAUGAUCAAUGUGGUGGAAAUGGUGUCUGCAACAUAGACAAUUUUCCCAGUUGUGGAUGUUUGGACAGGUUUUUGCCUAAUGAAAAUGCAGCUCAAAACUGGUUACAGGGAUGCCAUAGAAGAAAGCCCCUGAAUUGCCAGAAUGGGUUUACAACAGAUGGGUUUGUUAAGUAUUCUGGGAUCAAAUUGCCAGAUGCAAAGAACUCUUGGUAUAAUGAGUCUAUGAGUCUUCAAGAGUGUGAAGAACUUUGCUUGAGGAAUUGCUCUUGUAUGGCUUAUUCGCCUCUCGAUAUAAGCGAUGGAGGGAGUGGGUGUUUGGUUUGGUCUGGGGAUUUGAUCAAUAUCAGAUCAAUAUCUUCAUAUGGGCAAGACAUAUACAUCAAACUGGCUUCUACAGAAAUUCCAGGUAGAAUUCCUAAAACACAAAUCCUUGUACUUUGUUUGUCACUGCUGGUUGUAAUAGUAUUUGCAGGCUUGUUGACUUCUUGGCACUUUAGCAAAAAGAAAACUACAAAACAAAUGUUGAAGAAAGAGUUAGAGCUGCCAAUAUUUGAUUGGUCAACUAUAUUAAGAGCAACGAAUAACUUCUCAGAGAAGAACAAGAUUGGACAGGGUGGAUUUGGAACAGUGUAUAAGGGUGCUUUAGAUGGUGGAGAAGAAAUAGCUGUGAAGAGGCUAUCAAAGAAUUCUACACAAGGACUUGUGGAAUUCAAGAACGAAGUUAUUUGUUUAGUCAAAUUACAACACCGGAAUCUUGUGAAGCUUUUGGGGUGUUGCAUUAGUGGGGAAGAAAAGAUGUUGAUCUAUGAAUACAUGCCUAACAAAAGUUUAGACAUUUUCAUAUUUGAUCAAAGAAGGAAAAAGUUACUUGACUGGCCGAAACGCUUCGACAUAAUUAAUGGAGUUGCUCGAGGUCUAUUGUAUCUUCAUCAAGAUUCUCGCCUAAGAAUUAUUCAUAGAGAUCUCAAAACUAGCAACAUUUUGCUUGAUAUUGACUUGAUUCCAAAGAUAUCAGACUUUGGUUUGGCUAGGAGUAUAGUAGGAAAUGCAACCGAAGAUAAUACAAAACGAGUUGCUGGAACACAUGGGUAUAUGUCUCCAGAAUACGCUGGGCAUGGGAUCUUUUCAGUUAAAUCAGAUGUGUUUAGCUUUGGCAUUUUAGUAUUAGAGAUAGUUAGCGGUAAGAGAAAUAGUGAAUUUUCCAAUAAUGAAGAUGAAUAUGAGACUCUUCCCGGGCAUGCAUGGAAGCUAUAUAGAAACGACAAACCAAUUGUAUUGGUUGAUGAGCAUAUGACUGAUUCAUAUGAUGUAGAUGAAGUUUUAAGGUCAAUCCAUGUCGGCCUUCUAUGCGUGCAACAGUCUCCCAAGGAUAGACCUAACAUGUCUUCUGUAAUUCAGAUGUUGGUAAAUGAUGUUCCAUUGCCUCAAGCUAAGGAGCCUGGCUUCUUUGUUGGCAAGCACUACCCUUUAGGCACACAUGCUGCAAAAUGUUCCAAAAAUGAAGUUACAAUUACAACAUUGGAUCCUCAGCAAAAAAUGAGGCAAGAAGAGUUCCACGAUCUUGCAUGGUUGGCCGAUAUUCAUUAUAUUUCCCCCAAUUCAACAAUUAAGUUUCCUCUCCCACUCAAGCUAGCAAUAGCCAUGGAAGCUCUGUUACUGGCUUUACUUCUGUUUUUCUCAUUUUCCAUAUCAAACACGUCGUCUCUCGCAAAGAAUUUAGUUACUCAAACACAAUCCCUAAAAUCUGGGGAUACCGUCGUCUCCAAAGGCGGAAUCUUUGAGAUGGGAUUUUUUAGCCCCACCAAUUCCUUAAACACUUACAUAGGCAUAUGGUACACACAAGAUCCUAAGAAGACAGUGGUUUGGGUUGCAAACAGAGAUCAUCCACUCACAAACACAUCUUCAGCAGCCUUGAAGAUCACCCUGGAAGGCCAACUCGCACUUGUAGCAGACAACGAACAGGCUGUUUGGCAUUCAUACUCAUCAUCAAGAUCGGUGCAGAAUCCGGUAGCCGAGUUGUUGGAUUCCGGGAACCUUGUGGUGAGAGAAGCAGAUGAUGAAAGGCCGGAGAAUUUUGUCUGGCAAAGUUUUGAUUAUCCCACAGAUCAUAACUUAGCCGGAAUGAAGAUAGGAUGGAAUUUCCAGACUGGUCAUGAGGUUUUCAUCAGAGCUUGGAAGAGCGAAGACGAUCCAGCUUCCGGGCAAUACACACUUCACCUGGAUCCUUCUGGGUAUCCCCAGAUUGUGAUCAAGAAUGGACCGACCAAGAUUUAUUCCUCGGGGCCAUGGACUAAUUUGAGCUCGAGUGAAUCAGGAGGAAAGGGCAGCGUUUUACCAUUUUGGCUGGCUAGGAAUAGAAGGGAGGUUUACAUGACAUAUGGUCUCAGUAAGGCCAUAAGUUCUUUAAGAGUUGUGCUUACCAGUAAUGGUGCUCUCAAAGGAUUUGUAUGGGAAGAUCAGACAAAAGAAUGGCAGAAUUUUGGAAUGAGAUCAUUGGAUAGUUGUGACACUUAUGGUGUUUGUGGUGGAAAUGGUUUCUGCAACGUGGAUGGUUUUCCUACUUGUGGGUGUUUGGAAAAGUUUUUGCCUAAUAACAAUUCCUCUGAGAAUUUUUCACUGGGAUGCCAUAGGAGAAAGCCACUUAGCUGCCUGCAGGAUGGAUUCCAAAUCUAUUCUGGAAUCAAAUUGCCAGACACAAACAACUCCUGGUUUAACGAGUCCGUGAGUAAUCUGCAAGAGUGUGAGCAAAUUUGCUCGAGGAAUUGCUCGUGCACGGCCUAUUCGAUUCUCAGCAUAAGAAAUGGAGGGAUUGGGUGUUUGAUUUGGUUUGGAGAUUUGAUUGGGAUUAAACCAGUGUCUCCCAACGGGCAAGACAUAUACAUCAGACUCGCUUCUUCUGAAGUAACAGCAGGACCAAAUCAUUCAAGCUCAAUGGGGAGGAAGACAAAAAUCAUUGUGCUUUGUUUGUUGCUGCCGGUUGUAAUAGUUUUUCUAGGGGUGUUGCUUUCUUGGUAUUUUUGCAGGAAUAAAAAGACAGAACAAAGGUUGGAGGAAGAAUUAGAGCUACCAAUGUUCGACUGGUCGACAAUGUCAAGAGCUACAAAUAACUUUUCAAACAAGAUAGGACAAGGUGGAUUUGGGAUAGUGUACAAGGGUGUUUUAGAUGGGGGAGAAGAAAUAGCUGUGAAGAGGCUAUCAAAGAAUUCUGUACAAGGACUACAGGAAUUUAAGAAUGAAGUCAGUUGUAUCGCCAAAUUACAGCAUCGGAAUCUUGUGAAGCUUCUUGGGUGUUACAUUAGUGAGGAAGAAAAGAUGUUGAUCUACGAAUACAUGCCUAACAAAAGUUUGGACUUUUUCAUAUUUGAUCAGUCAAGGAAAAAGUUGCUUGAUUGGCCAAAACGCUUCAACAUAAUUAAUGGAAUUGCGCGAGGAUUAUUAUAUCUCCAUCAAGAUUCUCGAUUAAGAAUAAUCCAUAGAGAUCUCAAAGCAAGCAAUGUUUUGCUUGAUACUGAUUUGAACCCAAAGAUAUCAGACUUUGGCUUGGCUAGAAGUAUAGUAGGAAAUGCAACAGGAGAUAAUACAAAACGAGUUGCUGGAACACAUGGGUAUAUGUCUCCAGAAUAUGCAGGGCAUGGAAUCUUUUCCAUUAAAUCGGAUGUGUUUAGCUUUGGCAUUUCAGUCCUUGAGAUAAUCAGUGGUAGGAGAAAUAAUGAGUUUAUCAAUGAAGAUCAAUAUGUGACUCUUCCUGAACAUGCAUGGAAGCUUUACAGACAAGGAAAAUCAAUUGCUUUGGUUGAUGAGCAUAUAGCUGCUGGUUCAUAUGAUGUAGUUCAAGUUCUAAGGUCAAUCCAUGUCGGCCUUCUAUGUGUGCAACAAUCUCCAGAUGAUAGACCAGACAUGUCUUCUAUAGUUCAGAUGUUGGUUAAUGAUUUUGCAUUGCCUCAAGCUAAAGAGCCUGGAUUCUUUUUUGGUAAGGAAUAUCCAUCGGGUACACAUUCAAAAAGUUCCCAAAAUGAAGUUACUAUUACGUUGUUGAGUCCCCGUUGAAUGUAUAAUUUAGAUUUAAUUUAAAUUCAGUAUAGAAAAAACUUAGAUAGUACGUCAAAGAUAUCGUAUGUUAGAUCAAUUGAUGGUUAUGAAUUUGAAGUGCAGACAUCAAUAAGAAAUGUGAAUAUUAUUUUUGUACA